UUUACUGGGGCCUCGGAUCUGUGGAACCGCGUCGUUUUGUAUUUUGUAUUUGUGUUGUAUUAUUGAAGUUACCACAAUUAUCAGGGAUACUGGCAUGCCUGUGUGAUCAACUAUUGUAGUCAGAACAGCCAGCUUCAUUAAUAUUAACGGGAAAUACUGCGUAAACUUGAAAAGUGCUAGCGAAAGAUCAACCUUUCACGAUUGAACGAGGUGCAUCAAUGUAUACAGUACAGUGUACAUUUUGUUCCCCGUGCACAUGUGUUCAUCUAUUUGGACAGUCGUUGUGCGAUUAGAAGAAGGCAACCCUAGAGUCACCGAUAAGACAAAAGCUGCACAGAUCGGGAGGCUGGCAAUCGAGGGCUAGUAAACACCUAGCAUCAAACAGACGCCGGCAAGAUGAUGUCCGAUGGGAUGGUGAUCGAUGGCAGCUGGCAGCUGACCAUCCACAUCACAGACCUGGACAUUACUCGGACAUUGCGCGUGACCGGUGAUGUCCACGUGGGUGGAGUGAUGCUGCGACUCGUGGAGGAACUAGAAAUGGCCAUCGACUGGUCCGACCACGCGCUCUGGUGGCCGUCGCGGAACAUGUGGCUGUCUCGGACGCGCACGACGCUCGACCAGUACGGCGUGCAGGCGGACACGCACCUCGAGUUCACGCCAAUGCACAAGCUCCUCCGCGUGCAGCUGCCCGACCUGCAGUACCUCGAGAUGCGCGUCGACUUCUCCGUGCGAGUCUUCACGACCGUCGUGCAGAUCUGCAAGCAGUACGGCAUUCGUCAUCCAGAGGAGCUGUCAUUGCUCGUGCCGUUCGAUGAGAAGACCAUCAGGAAGGGAGGAAAGAAGCCCGAGAAUAGGCAGUACACGAGGCAGCAGUCGCGGGCUAGUAGCACUUACACGCCCGGCAAAUCCCCCGGAUCGGCGAGCGUCGGUACACCGCAGGUGGACGGCACAGGAACGAUAUCUCGCUACGGAACAAUGAGUAAGAGUACAGAACAUCUGCAAUAUCCCACCAUCGACCCGCUGUCCUAUUGGAACUACAGAUAUCCAGGCGUUCCGUACACCGCGACGCUGUGGAAGACGCCCAACUCGGCACGCGCCACCAGCUUCAACGCGAAUGGCACGCUGACGCCAACCUCUGCGACGAGCGGAGACUCGAGCCUGGUGGGAGGCAUCGACGUGUCUCUCGCCAUCAGCCUUCCACCGACCCAGGAGGCCCUCGAUGCGCGCGUCUGCCCCCGCAACUACGUAGAGAAAGCUCGACAAAAUGGAGGGUGGCUCGAUUCUUCAGUGUCACUCAUGGAACAGGGCAUCCGAGAAAGCGACCUCUUGUUAUUCAGAUAUAAAUUUCUGGUUUUCUACGAUUUAAAUCCUAAAUAUGAUGCUAUCAGAAUCAAUCAGAUCUACAAUCAAGCUCGCUGGGCAUUACUUAGUGAGGAGUUGGAUUGCACAGAAGAAGAGAUGAUGAUGUUUGCAGCGUUGCAGCUACAAGUGCAUUUACAGUCAAAUGUGCCAGAGCCUGACUUUAGCCCCUCUGGUGCAAAGGAAACAGAUGACAUCGAUGCAGCAUUGAAUGACCUCCAGAUGUCACUUGAAGGUCAUUCAUUUGGCCGAAGGCCAGGGGACAUCACCUCUAUACCUGAGCUCCAUGACUACCUACAUUUUAUGAAGCCAAAGAAAUAUACGUUGCGGUCAUUCAAGGCUUACUGGUUCACCUUUAGAGACACACACUUGUCAAUGUACAAGAGCAAAGAAACCUCAGACAGCACACCUCUUUGGAAUGCUAAUCUUAAAGGCUGUGAAGUCGUGCCAGACGUAAACAUUGCCCAUAAGAAAUAUGGCAUUCGAGUUUUGCUUCCGGCACCAGGGGGCAUGAAGGAGGUCUGGUUGAGGUUUGAAAACGAGCAGCAGUACGCCAGGUGGUUGUCGGCGUGCAAGCUUGCGUCUAAGGGCAAGACGAUGGCCGACAGCUCGUAUGAUUCCGAGGUGUCGUCCAUCUUGGCAUUCAUGAGCAUGCAACAUCCGGCACCUGCCACCGUCAUCAACCCCAGCAAUGCAGAGAUCCAGCCUGAGCUAUACGUCGCACCACGCUUCCUCAAGAAGUUCAAGUCGCAACAGAUGAACCAGAGAAUAUUGGAAGCGCAUUCUAAUGUAUCGGAAUUGUCGCUCUACGAUGCAAAGAUGAACUAUAUUCGUGCCUGGCAAGCACUUCCUGAAUUCGGGCUAUCCUAUUUCACUGUCAAUUUCCGUGGUCAUAAGAAGGAGGAGCUCAUCGGCAUUGCAUUCAAUAGAAUAGUACGCAUGAAUAUCAACAAAGGCAAUGCUCUAACGACAUGGCGAUUCAACAUUAUGAAGGCAUGGAACGUCAACUGGGAGAUCAAGCACGUCAUCAUAAACUUUGAGGAGGGACAAGACUUUGUCUUUUACUGCACGUCUGCAGACUGUAAGGUCAUCCACGAAUUCAUUGGUGGCUACAUAUUCUGCUCCAUGCGUUCCAAGGAAUCCAGCCAGACGCUCAAUGAAGAGUUGUUCCACAAGUUAACGGGAGGCUGGUCGUAAGCUGCCAAGAUCCACGGGCGUUGGCUAUAUGUUAUGAGGCCUUCGGGAAAUUCUGUGAAACGUGUGUCAGUGCAGCGUCGUUGCCUGCAUUCUAUGUUGUCUUGUAAAGCUGCUGUUGAUUAAUGUCAGCCUGAAGUCGUCUCUUCCACAGACGUCAAUCUUGUAAUAUUUACCAAAGGACAUUGGUUACUUUGGAAUUUCAUCGUGUUUUAUAUCAUGAUCAACCAAACUGUGAAAGGUAUAUGUAAACUACAUGCUAGAGGCCAGAAGUAUUAUGAUGCGUGUGUUGGACUACGAUUUAAUAUAUAACCAGUAUGGAUAAUGCAUGGUAUCUUGCAUAAUUUCCAACAAAGAAAACUUUAUUGGAAUUUAUGUUAGCUAUUCAUUAUAUCACUGCUAUCCCACUUGUAUAUUUUACAGUCUUCCCCAUCUGUUUGUGCAAUCAUUGAAAACCAAAGUAAAAGUGUUUCUUUACCAGUAUAUGAAGUCGAUAUUUAAUUAGCUAAAAGUAUGUUUAAAAUAUUUUGGCCAAAGAAUAAUUAGUUAGCUGAUUCAAAAUUUCAUUGCUGUAUGAGCAAGUUAAUAAUAACGGUAUUGUAAGUGUAGUGCUAAAUGCAAUGUAGAAAUGAUAUCAAUUAAAUAUGUAUAGAAUAUUAGUAAAAAAAACUAGUAAUCUUUGGGGUUUAUAAUGAAAAAGAUUCCAUGCUUGUUAUUAAUAGUUGCAAUUCAACUGUUUUUAAAUGCUUGAGAAAAUUGGGAAAUUGAAAAAGGGGUAUCCUUUAAGCAGGAUGGAGGACAGAUGAAAGCUGCAUCUUGGUUGACAUCAAAAUUAUGAAUAGUCAUGGGUGGGGUUCUGUUUUUGUACUCAAACUGUCAGUAUAAAAACAGGAUGCCACCCUCUUUCCAACUUGCCACCGACACUAUCUAUUGCUUUCUUUGACGUUACACAUACCAGCUUGCUUCUUUCUUUUUUUUAUAGUUGUUCGUUCCUAAGCAUGCAUGCAUCGUGCAGAACGUCACUAGGUUUUCUAAGUGUUGGUGAAUGUUUUGAGGGUGGCCCAUGUGCUCCUAAUAUCUUCCUUAUUUCAUAUUUCACUGUAAUCUCGUUAAGGGUUUUAUUUGAAAUGUAGAGAUGCGAUUCUUGUAAAUGAUACCUGACUAUGUGACUGUGUACAGCAGCUAUUCAUUAGCUGGCAUUGCGUCGAUUUUUACACCCGUUUUGAGUUUUCUAUGAAUAUUAAAAGUGCCUUGCCUGUGUAAAGAGGUUGUUGGGUAAAAGCGAAAUUGUCAUUCACGAUUAUUACUACGAAUACCCAAACCAAAUAAUGUGCCUAGCUAACAAUACUAUGAACAAUAUAAUUAGAUUAGAGUUUUUAGUUGGUUUAUCAAACCGAUUGUAAUAUGUAUUUAUAUUGAGUUGUUUCUUAAUCACUUUGUAUGCUUCAUGAAAUGUAUGAGAAAAUGCCGUUAGCAAAAGGGAUAAGCUUAAGUAUAUGAGCCAAUUGCCUUCUUGAUUAUACCAAACGUGUAUAGUGGGUGCGCGUAAGAUUCGCUUUUAUGUUUCAGAAUGCGUGCGCUGUACGUGUGUGGCUUCGUGUUGUGAUUUAUCUCGGGCGUGAUUGCAGUGUCAGCACGUCUAUUGCUUCAGCGCGCUAGUGAGGCCGAUGAACAUAAUUAUGAUGUAUGCGCGCGAAAUAGCUUUUACGCGGUUGCGUGAUGUGAACACUCCGGUUUGUAUUUCGCGAGUAUUUUAUAACAGGGUUGUGAGUGCGAUCAGGCGCCGGCAGCAGUCUACAUCUCCAUCAAGUCGUUUCAUCUUUAUUAAUUUUUAUAUUCAUAAUAACAUCAAACUCAAAUGGCCUCGAACUGCAUGUAUUUAUUUGUUUUAUUAAAUAUAGUUCCCGAAUAAGCUAUCAAACGCGGCGUGCAAGUGCGCCUAGUACUAGCGACCACUCUUGGCAUGUUUUACUGGUAUCUUCAGGUAUCUGAAAACUUGCAUUUAUCAUGACGAUCUUAUAGGUCGAAAUAUGAAUUUGUUUGGACGGAAAGUUUUGAAAUUUGUUGUAAUCGUAUUAUAGGCUUUACAUAAAAAGUAUAGUUAUUUCUGUUGUA